CAUUUACUAUAUGAUAUAAUUAGUUCUACGAAAUGGUUUCUUCAUUGAAUAAUAUCCUCCAUAGUGAUAAUGAAUCGUGAUAUCACGGCAAAUAAACAUGGCGCUUAUUUGAUACUGGAGUCUUUUACUUUGGAUAAAUCGCAAACGUUGCUGCAAUUUGUAUCAAGUUAGCAACAUCAGUUCACGCGUUUGCUCAUAGAUAAUCCAAACCAUUUACGAUACGGUGAAUGUAUCGUUCAUAUUUCAAGCUGUUUUCGCAAGGAAGCGUUUAAUAAACGUGAACGUCAUACAUGUCAAAAUGGCCCGGGAAUAUGAUCAUUUAUUUAAGCUUCUAAUAAUAGGAGAUAGCGGUGUGGGCAAAAGUUCACUGCUCUUACGAUUCGCUGACAAUACUUUUAACGGCAGUUACAUAACGACAAUAGGAGUGGAUUUUAAAAUACAAACUGUGGAUGUAGAUGGUGAGAGAGUAAAGCUCCAAAUUUGGGAUACAGCCGGACAAGAACGUUUUCGGACAAUAACUUCAACUUACUACAGGGGAACACACGGUGUUAUAGUUGUGUACGAUGUGACCAGUGGUGAUUCGUUUGCUAAUGUUAAAAGAUGGUUACAUGAAAUCGAACAAAAUUGUGAUGUGGUCAACAGGGUACUUGUAGGGAAUAAGAAUGAUUCACCUAAUGAAAAGGUGGUAUUAACAGAAGAUGCACAAAGAUUUGCUAAUCAAAUGGGAAUCCAACUGUUUGAAACUUCUGCUAAAAACAAUAUUAAUGUUCAAGAAAUGUUUAUGGCCAUAACACGCCAAGUAUUAAGAACCAAAAAAGAGAGGAAGGAGCGACAGGCUAUUCAAACCAGUGAAACAGUCAAUUUAAGGAAAAGCACAAAGCAGCAUAAAAAGAAGUGUUGUUAACAGCAUCAUAAGCAUUAUAAUCUGUUGUUAAUAUCAUUUAAUAGAGAAAAUAAGAUGAAGCGAAAGCAGAGAUUGCUAGCAUGCGAUUGUAACAGAAACACAUUGUAAUACCGAUGUCUUUUAAAACCAUUAAGUUUUUUAUAUCUAAAUUAUAACAUCGAAGAUUGUAUAUUCUCAUAGAAAUAUACUUUAACGCUCUAGCAACGUUCAGUAUAUAUAGGAUGCAAAUGUUAUGAAUGCGGAGUGUUUAUUUAACUUUUGAGAGUAACUUUGCAAAACAGCACACUUUACAACAAGUAAUACCUAUUUUGAAUGUGGCAUUAAAAACGUAAGGGCCUAUUUAUAUUGUACAAUUUACAAGAAAAGAGUCAGCACAAGGAAGAAAAAAAAGUAAAUCAUAUAAAUGUAUAGCUACUGCUUACCCAAUCUUUUUUCCAUUGCGUCAAGUUAUUUAUAAAAGGAAGCAACAUGAAAUAGAUGGCGGAAAAAUAUAUUGUACAAAGCUUAAUCUAAAUUUAUUGCGUACAAUAAAAUAAAAAGAAACAUGCGUGUGGAACUUGAAUGAUCACGGAUACAUUUUUCUUGAAUAAGUUACCAUAAUGUGAAUUCAACAUAUUGUUAAUACAAUGAUAUUUAAUGAACGAAAACGAUCCAUCCUCGUCAACGGGAUCUGAUUCAAUUUUAUGCGUUCCCGCUUUUUGCCGAUGAUUUAGAAUGGUUUUUAAGUAAAUUUUAACAAAAGGUAACAUGUGUUUACGGUAUAACAGAGGCAAGCAUUUUAAUCGAUGAAGGAUUACGGUAUGACAAUUUAAAUAUAAUCUAUUCGUUGUCUUAAAACCGAGAUGAGAGAGAUUAGGAACUUUUUGUUCUUUCAUUAUGAAUCUAUUUAAUUUCUUAAUGUAUACUUUAGAAAGUUUGACUCUCAGCACAUGACAGCAGUGUGUUCUAUUUUUACUGAUUCAGUCUACUUCUUAAGCUAAUAAACAUUUUUAAUAAACGUUAAAUCGUCGAGAUUAUUUAAGAGUAUUAUUGUUAUACAUAUAAAACAAUUGACAAUUAAUAACAAAAUUGUAUGUGAUUGUAAUAGCGGAUGAAAAGCUAAAACUUUCAUAAUGACGGAAAAUGAACAAUGACGAAUAUAUUAUAAUUUUCCAAAUUUGGUAAUAAGUGCAUGUAUGUUUGACAUAUUAUACAUAUACAUUCUGAUAAUGCAGUAAAUGUCGUUUAUCAUCUGUGAUAGUAGUUAGGAUAUCCUAAUCCGCUGCCGCUGUAAUACCGUUAAAAACAGCUCCACGUGAAUUAUUGUAAUCGAUGUUAGCACGAAGUUUUUUGAUCAGGACAACAUAUCUUGCAAAUAAGGCGAAGAAGCGGCAUCUUAUAAUUUGUAAAUAUAUUCUACCUACUUGCCAGUUUUAAUGGCAUAUCACAAAUAUUCCAACCAACCAUAUUCAAUAUUGUUUACUGUUAUACAGUUAUAACAUUGUAAUAUGAAUUACUAUAUACUUUAAAUUUAAAUAAAUAGAAUUUACGUGUAUAAGAACA